AUGGCAACCGCAUUUCACCCACAGAUUGACAUCGACCUCUGCUACCUGCUCGACACGCUGAGCCUCAAGGACCCGCGCUUUGGGCAAGAAGAACGUCGGGAUACCGCACCGCCCGCGCUGCCAAGCGCCGACGUAGGCAUGGUGGAACUGCAGCAGCCCGUCCAGACGCUAUCAAAGCCAGCCGUCGAAGAAGAGCACUUCGGCUGCGGCCUACUGCAGGCCGCCCAAGCGCAGGUCGACAGCUGCCAGACCACAGGCCCGUCCUCCGGAGAAUACCUCGACAUUAUCUUCACGCACCGCGAGCUGCUAUUCACAUUCCCGCAGGCACACAAGUGCUGCGCGCGCGCCUUCACGGACCUCGCGCGUGCAUUUGAGACUCGGGGCUGGCGCGCCGACCGUGAUGGGGACCCCGAGGCUGUCGCCGCUUUCAGGAACGAGGCGUGGAUGAUUGCGGAGAGGUGGUGUCCGCAGUGA